AUGAUCUGUGUUGCACAUCCACUCGCAUGCUUUCAGCUCUCUACUGGCUCAAGGGCGGUAGAGUGUAGUAGUAGAGUACUUCAUCCUUCCAACUCCACAGCGGACGUGCGGACCUCUCGCGGCCGCGCUUCGCGGUCCGCGCGUUCCGACCAGAUGCCGCGGUCGUCGCUGUCGCGCUCAGCCUCCGAGACGCGAGUGUCCGAAGAUCGAGCUGCACGAAAGCUGGACCUACGCCGGAGGGCGGGGGAGAUCGUGGCUCUGAACUCGCUGUACGCUCAGUCGAGUUCCGGAAGCCUCCAGCAUGCAGCCCUUCCACGCAUCCGCAACGUGCUGGAAGCUUCCGACGAGCUGCUCGCAGAGCAGGCGGAUCAGAAUCUCGGAAUGCUCCGCGACAAGCACUGGGCACGGGAACGUUUGAGGCGCGAGAAGGCCUAUGCGGCCACGCAGCCCAAGGGACCGGAGGAGCCCAAGUGGGUUCUGCGGCGGGGCACUUGGUACUAUGAAGGUGGCAUUCAGCCAGAAAAGCUCCCAGCAGAUGAGGCGAUGGCCAAGUUUGUGCAAGAAGAGGAGGCUAGAGGUCGAGGUCCACGCUGGGAGAAUGACAUCGCCAAGCCGGGACUCAUGAGAAGGUUCUUCCAGCGAAAUCCCUAUGGCGGUUUUUUCGCUGAGUUGUGA